CGAUGGCUGUAGAACUUUAUCUGGACCUCUUCUCUCAGCCCUGUCGCUCCGUUUUUAUGUUCGCCAAGAAGAACAACAUCCCCUUCGAGUUCAAGAAGGUGUCUCUGAUGGACGGUGAGCAUUAUGGAGAUGACUUUGGGAAGAUCAGCAUUAUCAGAAAAGUUCCUGCACUGCGGGAUGGAGACUUCUGCCUGUCUGAAAGCAUCGCCAUCAUGGUCUAUCUGGCUGAGAAGUUCCAGACUCCAGACUUCUGGUACCCGGCCGACCUCCAGCAGCGCGCUCGAGUCAACGAGUAUCUGUCCUGGCAGCACACCGCCAUCCGGAUGCAAGGAUCCAAGAUGUUCUGGCUCCGGCUCAUGAUUCCUAAAAUGAUCGGUAUGGAAGUCCCGAAGGAGAAGAUGGAUGGAGCCUUGGAGGACCUGAACAACUCCCUGAACCUCAUCGAAGAAAAGUUCCUGCAGGACCGGCCGUUCAUCGUGGGAGACCGGAUGUCUCUGGCCGACCUGGUGGCCAUCGUGGAGAUCAUGCAGCCGCUGGGCGCUGGUCUGGAUGUUUUUGACGGGAGACCCAGGCUGAGCUCCUGGCGGGACAGAGUGCGGACCUUCAUCGGGGAGGAGCUCUUUGACGAGGCCCACCAGAACAUCCUGGGGGCUCAGGAGGGAUUGAAGCAGAUCGAUCCCAGCAAGCUGGAGUUGUUCAAGCCUAAAAUCCUCCGUUUAUUCCUCUGAGCAGGACGGCAUUGAUGUAACCCAAAAUAUCACUGGUCAUAAUCAAGUUUCACCCCUCUGUGUAAGCUUCUGUUCUAACGGUCAUUUUGGUAUAAAUGUUGUUGAGUAAGAGCUGGAGGUCCGGGAGACGAAGGGAAAGAUUAUGUAACCGAGGAAUGUGAAAUGUGACUCUUCUCUGAGACCUCUGCACUGUCAGCUAAUCUCUUCAGGCUGAUUUUUUACAACCAGACUGUAGUUCAGCCUUUAAUCUGUGGUAUUCCUACAAUAAAAGUUAUCCGUGUACCAG